AUGCAGUCUUCAUUGAACUACUAUAUUGGCAUUGAUGUUGGUACUGGGGGUGCUCGCGCCUGCAUCAUCGACGACGCAGGCAAUAUUGUCGGUUUAGCGUCUGAGGAUAUCAAGCUAUGGCAGUCAGGAAAGGGCCACUAUGAGCAGUCGACCUCUGACAUCUGGCGCUCUACAUGCUCCGCUGUACGUCGCGCCGUCAGGGAAAAUAACAUCCCGGCGACGAUGAUCCGGGGAAUCGGAUUCGACGCAACCUGCUCCCUUGCUGUCCUUUCUACCGAAGAUGACAGUCCCGUGUCGGUUACUUCUCCUGCGUUCGAUACCGACCGGAAUGUGAUCCUGUGGCUGGAUCAUCGAGCAGUGGAGGAAACCAAACGAAUCAACGCAACAGGUCACAAAGUCCUCCAAUACGUAGGAGGGGCGAUGUCAGUGGAGAUGGAGAUACCAAAAAUUCUCUGGCUACGGAACAACAUGUCUGCGGAAAGCUUCUCAAGAUGCAAGUUCUAUGACCUGGUAGAUGCUCUUACACAUCUAGCUACCGGUAGCGAAACUAGGAGCCUGUGUAGCCUCAUCUGCAAGCAGGGGUACUUGCCAAAGGAGAGGGAUGAUAGUGCGUCUGGCUGGCCUAAGGACUUCUUGGACCAGAUUGGGCUUGAAACCUUGAGCAAGAGUAAUUUCCACUGCCUUGGUGGGAUCAAUGGAGAGAACGGUCGACAUCUCCACGCCGGAGAAUUGGCCGGGUGGUUGUGUGAGAAGGCUGCGCAGGAGUUGGGACUACCGUCGGGUAUUGCCGUAGGCAUCGGAGUGAUCGACGCCUAUGCCGGAUGGAUAGGAACAGUUUCAGCUAAAGUAGAAUUCGCCGAGCCUUCAAUGAACAUCCAAUCGCGGGCCGAGGGGGAACAAGGAUAUUUUACUCGCCUUGCUGCUGUUGCUGGUACAUCAACGUGCCACCUCGUCAUGUCGCCCAGUCCUAUAUUCGUGCCUGGCGUUUGGGGACCUUACCGGGAUACUAUUAUUCCCGGCUGCUGGAUGGCAGAAGGAGGACAAUCUGCAACAGGUCAACUCAUCCAUCACGUCCUGGAGACUCAUCCGGCUGCUGGGCAAGCCAAAGCGCUUGCAUUGUCCCGUCAGACUGAUAUCUUCACCUUCUUGAACGAGCGUUUGAAGGAAAUGGCAGAGGAGCAGCAUGCUCCACACAUUGCAUACCUGGCACGCCAUUUCUUUUUCUACGGUGACCUUUUCGGCAACCGCUCUCCAAUAGCUGAUCCAAAUAUGGUGGGAUCCAUUGUUGGUCUUACCAGCGACGUAUCUGUGGACAGCUUAGCUAUCUUAUAUUACAGCGCAUUGGAGUUCAUCGCCUUACAGACACGGCAGAUCGUCCAAGUUAUGAACCAGGCUGGCCAUAAGAUCUCCUCCAUCUUCAUGUCCGGAUCCCAAUGCCAGAAUAACAUCCUGGUGAACCUCAUUGCAUCCGCAUGUGACAUGCCGGUUGUGGUUCCUUACUAUGUCAACGCAGCGGUUUGCCACGGUGCUGCGAUGCUUGGUGCCAAAGCGGCAAGCUCAGAUAAGCAGGGGAAGACGACGGAUCUCUGGACAAUUAUGGAUCGCAUGAGUAAACAUGGCAAGGCUGUCUACCCGACAACUAACCGCCAUGAGAAGACGCUUAUCCUCGCAAAAUACCAAGUCUUCCUCGAGCAAUGCCGCAGGCAGCGGGAAUAUCGAGAGUUGGUGGAUAGAAUGAUCGCAUCCCUACAAUGA